AUGACGUCUUCCAACACCGUCGAGGUCAGGAACAUUGCGCUCUCGACUCCCGAGAGCGAGAUUAAGGACUUUUUCAGCUUUUGCGGCAAGGUCACCAACAUUAGCGUCACCUCCAACGCCGAGAACAAGAGCGCCACGGUGACAUUUGAGAAGGAGACGGCCAUGAAGACGGCGCUGCUCCUGAACAACACACAACUCGGAUCGUCCACCAUCACGGUGGCGAGCCAGACAGCGGAUUCCGGAGACUCGGACGAGCAUCAUGAGGCGGACCACCGGGACGCCGAUGAGCUCACGCAAGAGAUGAAGCCCCGCGCGCGCAUCCUAGCUGAGUACCUGGCCCACGGCUACGUCAUCGGCGACGCUGCCAUCGAGCGCGCCAUCGAGCUCGACAACAAGCACCAAGUCACCAACAAGUUUGUCACCACCCUGCAGAACCUUGACGAAAAGUACCACGCGACAGACCGCGCCAAGGCGACGGACCAGUCGUACGGCAUCUCGACCAAGGGCAAGAACUUCCUUACCGGUCUCGGCUCUUACUUUGAGAAGGCCAGCACCACCCCGACGGGCAAGAAGCUCGUCAACUUUUACACCGCCGGCUCUAAGCAGGUGCAGGACAUCCACACCGAGGCCCUCCGGUUGGCGGAGCUGAAGAAGGAGGCCCACGGUGGUAGUGCGUACAAGGCCGCCGGCCUCGAAAGCCCGCACUAA